CUGCAAGCGCGAGACUCGGGUGAGCCGACCAUCAGCCGCACCUAGCUUCGACGACGUCGCCGGCGACGACGAUGGCUUCUCGCCUGAUCGGGUCGCUCGGCGGCCGCGCCGCCAGAACCUCACCGGCCAGCCACGCCACAAGCGCGUACCGCGCCGCGUUUACCUCCGCCGCCAACAACGGCGACCCGGCUCCCGCGACGGGGUCGGAGGAGGACAUGGAAAAAGGAAGGGUGGCAACGGGUGGUGGUGGCAACGGCCGGACGGAGGCCGGCGAGAAGGCAAGAGGUGCCGCGGAGGAGGUGAAGGAGGCCGGCAGGCGCGACGUCGUCAAGGACCGGGCCAAGAAAGCCGGCGAGGACGUCAAGGAGGCCAUCAAGGACGCGCGCUAGCUAGCUACUACUACGUAAUGCAAACAGCUCGGCUAGUAGAGGGAGCUAGCUGCUCAUCUAUCUGUUCUGUAAUUGUGUCAUUAAACUUGCAAAGUUGCAAGUCCAAGCACGCACAAGCACAAGUUGUCAAUGGCGUCUUCUCUUGCUUUUAUUCCAGAAAUCUCGUUUCGUAAUCGCUCGGAU